CAUUGCCAUACCUAUGCCUACCACAAUGCCACAUUCGACCAGCACCGGUAUUAACAACAGUAAUUUACAGGAUGCCGUACUAUCAGAGGCCAUUGCUAUUGUUCGAGCAGUCCCAAAUACGCCCGAUAUGCAGAGACUCGCCACUGCUUUAACAACAAUUGCCCUUGCUUUGGAAGGGGUGUCUGGAGACAACGCUCGGGACUUGAUAGCAAGAUACGACCUUUCUCCAGAACCAUUUAUAGCCCUCCUUCCUCUCUCGCAUAUGGAUGAUUCCGUCCAAAGAAACAUUGCCAAAAUCAUACAACGAUUACUACAACCACUUUCUUAUCAAGAAAUACAAAGUAGAUUUGGGCAACUCAUCAUUGCGGGCCUUGAUGAUCCACGCGGACCAUUGCGACAUUUAGCCUUAUCGGCAUUAGAGAAGGCUACAGACGCAGAUGCUACGAUUAACAUGUUGAUCCAAUCCCCGUUCUUCGUUCCUGUUUUGGAGAGUCUUGCUUUUCCUGAUGUUGAUGUGGCCCUACGGGUGGAAAACCUUCUCUUCAAGAUUGCUCAUUCGGAGACGGGCCUCCAAGCUAUUCUUGGGGACGACGCUCUGUCAAUCCUUAACCAGCUUCUUGCGGAAAGCGAAACCGUAAAGUUUAGAGUGUAUGACCUCGCGAUGCGAAUAUGCACAAUAUCCGAUGAGGUGCUGCAUCAAUUCCAAAGUUCCGAUCUUUUGAAGUCAAUGACAGAAGAACUGCACUCUGAUGAUGUGCUGUCUCGAUUGAAUGCGGUGCAAAUAUUUACCAAGCUGUCGGAAAGUGAAUGCGGAAACCGCUUUCUACACAAUGCAAACGUACUCGUGCAACUCGCUGGCAUACUUGAAACCGACGCCGGGGACAUUGACGACAUUCUUGUCAAAUCUGCCAUCAUCAAGUUCUUUGGUCAUGUCGCUGCAACCAAGCCCGCCGAUUUCGUCGCCAUGCAUUCAUCGUUGGGGAUUUUGGAUUUGUUCGACCGGCAGCUCAACAGUGAUCGAAAAGAACUGGCGGAGCCCGUAAUCCUCGCAAUUGGAAACAUUGGAUCGAGUGCUGAAGGGCUGGUGGCACUUGACGAGCAGAAAACUCUGCUGAAUGAUUUUAUUGACCAAAUCAACUCUACCACGGGGGACCUGAAAAUAACAGGAUUACAGUCUGCCUCUUGCUUGAUUGGUGUGAAAUCAAGCUCCGGUGCUGGUUUAUCUGCAAUCACACAUCGAAUAUUCCUGGGCAUUGCAGGAGAAGCAAACCCAUUGCAAAAUCUGAUGCGUUACGCAAAGGCAGCAUUUGAAGAGAACCGAGUAGCUGCAUAUGCAAUUUUCAAAGGCAUGGCGAUGCAUGACUGGGGUCUGCGUGAAAUCAACUACAGCUAUGAUUUUGUAUCGUUUUUAAUGGACCGGCAGAUUGAGCCAUCAGUGACUGGCAAGGAAUGGAAGUACAGCGUGGUGCAAGCGAUAUGUUCCAAUCCUAAUGCGAAUGAGAUACUUGAUGCAAACAUUAUCGGUCGAUUCCAACGAUAUGUACGAGAAGGUCCGUUUUACAAGGGGGUGGAGCCUGUGGUUGCUCUGGAGUCUGGAUAGAUAGCAUAUUCUAUAGUGACACGAGUGUCGGCUCUGUGUGGUUUUAGGUAACUCCUUUGCAGCGUUCAGUUUAGAAGCAAUUGCAUUUCCUGUGGUACAAAACCAACGCUUGGGUGCACACGGCGCCACAUCUUUUUUCCCUUUUGGGAUUCCAUCGCUGGCGUCCCAUCGAAUGAUAAAGCUUAUAUGCUAAAGACAAG